AUGCUUCUCAUCAGGAAUAUAUUUCUUUUCAUGGAUAGACAACUUCUUCAGUUAAAUCCUCAGAACUUACAAAUAUGGGACCUAGCUCUUAAGUUGUUCCGAGAAGAUGUUAUCACUCAGGAGAAAGUUCAAUCCCGUUUGAUGUGUCAAAUACUGGAUGAAAUACAUAAAGAACGAUGUGGAGAAGCUAUUGAUCGACAACUUUUACGUACUGUCAUCAGAAUGUUGGUGGAUUUAAAACUCUAUGAUUCAAUAUUCCUUGCAGAAUUUGUUUGUAAAAGUCAACAACUCUACGCUUAUGAAGCAGAUACUCUAUCUAGACAACUCAGUGUUCCUGAAUAUUUGUUACAUGUGGACAAAAGGAUCAUUGAGGAAGAAGAUAGACUUGUUGUGUAUUUAGAUGCUAAUUCAACUCGUAGUUUGCUUAUGUCAACUCUGGUUUCGGAAUUAUUAACUCGUCCACUAGACUAUCUACUGGAUAAUGGCUUAGUUAAUCCAUUGAAAACAAAACAAACUUCCCAAUUAUCUUUACUGUUUUCUUUAGUUUCACGAGUUCCCAAUGGUAUAGAAAAACUGCGGACACAUUUCCGUAAUUAUAUCAUACAAAUGGGUCGUGAAAUGGUGGAAAAUCCAACACAUGAUCCUGAAAAAGAUCGCAAUAUGAUUCAAAAUUUAUUAGAUUCACGGGAUUUUCUUUCGGAAAUUACUGUAUCGUGCUUUUCAAAUGAUCCCAGCUUUAUGCGUGUUCUACAAGAAGCCUAUGAAGAGUUUAUCAAUCAACGUCCGAACAAACCGGCUGAGUUUCUAGCUAAAUAUCUUGAUUCUCAUCUUAGAUCUGGAAAUAAAGCACAAACAGAAGAAGAAUUAGACAAGUUAAUGGAUAAGGCUAUGAUUCUGUUUCGUUUCAUCGAUGGAAAAGAUAUAUUUGAAGCAUUUUAUACCAAAGAAUUAGCAAAACGUCUUCUUUUGAAUAAAAGUGCAUCAGUUGAUGCAGAGAAAGCCAUGCUGUCAAAACUUAAACAAGAAUGUGGACCAAACUAUACACGCAAAAUGGAGACAAUGUUUCAGGACAUCGAAUUAAGCAAGCAGUUAAGUAAAAAUUUCCGUUUAUCUUUACCUGAUACUCAUGCGAUCGAGUUAAGCGUAAAUGUGAUUUGUCCAGCAUCUUGGCCACCGUAUCCACAGACAACAGCCAAUUACCCCCCUGAAAUGGUGGCUCUUCGAGAGGAAUUUACGCGCUUCUAUUUAUCCCAUCACCAAGGUCGAAAGCUGAUAUAUGAACCGUCUUUAGGAACGUGUGUUGUAAAAGCUAUAUUUCCGAUGACACCAAAUCUUCGUAAAGAAUUACAAGUAUCUGAACUACAAGCUUUAGUGUUACUGCAAUUCAAUCAAUCAGAUAAUGCUCCUAUUACUUAUACAACGAUAGCUGAAAAUACUGGUAUCGAAGAAAAAGAAUUGAAACGAACAUUACUUUCAUUAGCUGCUGGUAAAGGACAACGUGUUUUGAAAAAAAAUCCUGGUAAUCUAGAGAUUGAAAACGAUCAUCAGUUUGUUUUCAACACCGAAUUUCAUCAUCGACUUACGCGUAUCAAAUUCAAUCAGGUUCAACUAAAAGAAACUGAACAAGAACAAGUGGCUACUGAAGAACGGGUGUUUGCUGAUCGUGUUGCUCAUGUAGAUUGUUGUAUUGUACGAAUUAUGAAAACGCGUAAAACUAUUGACCAUAAUUCAUUAUUAUCAGAAGUCUACAAGCAAUUACAGUUUCCACUUAAAGCAAGUGAUGUGAAGAAACGUAUCGAAAAUUUAAUUGAACGAGAUUAUAUGAAAAGAGACUCAAGUAACGCUGCCACUUAUCAUUAUGUGUCCUAA